CUGAACCUCGCAGCCUGCGAGGCGCGGAAGAAGAGCGUCUAACAAGCGGUUGGGAGACGCAGGAAAAGCGGACCGUCGAAGGAGCCUGGAAUGGAAGCGGCGCGCGAACUCCAGCAGUUGCCUCUGGAAAUCAGAAAGCUAACAAAGUGCUUCAGUCUGGAACACAUGGGAAGUAUGGAUGUCAAAUUUCAAAUCUGGAGCGCUUGUGGUAAUCUUGGAAUGGAGAAAUUUUAACCCCGACUCCCAGAAGGCCACAGAAGAUGAAUCAUACUAACUUUACUCCAGAAGCCAACGUGGCUACGAAACCUAAAACUGUCACUGAAAAUUUGCUAAUUACCUUGUCUCUCUCCAUAAUUACAACCCUGACCAUGCUACUGAAUUCUUCUGUCAUUUCGGCAAUCUGCACAACGAAGAAGCUCCACCAGCCAGCCAACUACCUAAUAUGCUCGCUGGCGCUUACAGAUCUGCUUGUUGCUAUUCUGGUGAUGCCCUUGAGCAUUGCCUAUAUAGUGAUGGACCGAUGGACCUUGGGAUAUUUCCUCUGUGAGGUGUGGCUGAGCAUAGACAUGACCUGCUGCACAUGCUCAAUUCUCCACCUUUGUGUCAUUGCCUUGGAUAGAUACUGGGCAAUUACAGAUGCUAUUGAAUAUGCCAGGAAAAGGACUGCCAAGAGAGCUGGUAUUAUGAUCUGCACGGUAUGGGCAAUAUCGAUUUUUAUCUCAGUGCCUCCAUUGUUUUGGCGAAACCACCCUAGCAACAGCAAUUCCAGUGACUGCCAAAUCCAACACAGUCAUGUCAUUUACACCAUAUAUUCCACAUUUGGAGCGUUUUAUAUCCCGCUGACCCUCAUUCUGAUCGUCUACUACAGAAUUUAUCAUGCAGCAAAGAGCCUGUACCAAAAACGUGGGUCAAGCAGGCAUCUCAGUAGUAGAAGCACCGACAGCCAGAAUUCUUUUGCCAGUUGUAAACUCACACAGACCUUUUGCAUUUCAGACUUAUCCAUGUCCGAUCCAACCACGGAAUUUGACAGAAUCCAGUUUUCAGCAAGGAGCCCUCCUUUUGACAACGAUCCAGAUUUGGUUGGAGACCGCCAACAGAUUUCCAGCGUAAGGGAGAGAAAGGCUGCACGCAUCCUUGGCCUCAUUUUAGGUGCAUUCAUUUUGUCUUGGUUGCCCUUUUUUAUUAAGGAGCUCAUUGUGGGCCUCAGGAUAAGCACCGUGUCAUCAGAAGUUGCUCACUUUUUGACAUGGCUUGGCUAUGUGAAUUCUUUAAUCAAUCCUCUGCUGUAUACUAGUUUUAAUGAAGAUUUUAAAUUUGCCUUUAAAAAACUCAUUAAGUGUUGGGAACACCCUUAAAACAACCCUGAAUAAUGUCAUUUGACUUUACUGGUCUUAACUACAAUAUGUGGAAAGAAACAACUUCCUCUAGAAACCUUGUUUUCUUUUAUAGGAAGAAAAGUUGGCUUAUAAAAAAAAGGACAUUUCCAUUUUGCUUAGCUUUCAGCUUAAUUUUUCUCUUUUGCCUGUAAAUCUGUCAAACGUGUUUCUACCUCCUUGUAUCAUGAGUAUGUGAGUUUCUAUUCUAUGAGUUUCGAAUACACUUUAUUA